AUGGCGUCACUGUGCCGGCGCUGGAUCUCCGCGCAAUCCCCCGCGCCGGCCGGGCGCCGGCUCCGGGUGCUGCACUGGAACAUCCUGGCGGACUGCCUUGCCAAGAGCUCGUCGCUGCUAAGCCUCACACGAGGCUUCCGGUGCGAGGAGCAGGUCUUGCGCUGGGAGGUGCGGCGCCAGAAGGUCCUUGAGGAGCUUCUGCGAUAUGAGCCCGACGUCAUGGGCCUGUGCGAGGUGGACCACUUCGAAGAUUUCUUUGAGCCCGAGCUCAAGGCAAAGGGCUACCAGGGCACCUUCAAGCGCAAGCGGAGCCCAGCCAAAGACGGGGUCUGCGCCUUUUGGCGCAGCCGGAAGCUGGAGGAAGGGGUGCGCCGCGGCGUCUUUCUGGAGUAUGGGAGGCAUCGCACCAAGGCGGCGCAGGUCGCGGUGCUGCAGCGCCUGUGGCCGACGGACCGGCAGCAAGGCAAGGGCCUGGUGGUCUGCGCCACCCACCUGCGGGCCUCCGCGGAUGAGGGCUUCCGCAUGCAGCAGGCCUCGGAGGUGGUAUCGGCUCUUGCUGACUUUGCCCGUGGGGACGAGCAAAUCAUCCUGGCCGACGUGAACAGCCACGCCAAGUCCGCGAAAGGCAUGGACUUGAACGUGCACGACUACUUUCGGUCUUGCGGCUUCCGAUGCGCCUACCGCAGCAUCAGCGAUGAGAUCCCCAGCUUUACGACCUGGGCGGGCUGGGCCUCCGGGGACUUCAAGGCCACGUGCGACCACAUCUUCGUGUCCCAAGGGAUCCACGUGUCGCAAGUGCUGGACGUGCCGGACAGCGAGGCUUUGGAGCACAACUUCCCCGAGACUGGGAUGCUCAACCUCUUCCGCAUGGAAAGCGGGGUCCUCUAA